GCUCUUUUUGUUUUUUCGAAAGUCGUCCUUUUAAACAAAUUCACUCCCCGUAUUAAUUGAUAAAUCGUUUGCUUUUUAACAGUAAUGGAUUUGAAAAUGAGAAGAACUUGUAAGAAAUUGGAUGAUUCCAUAAUGGCAUCUGGAUUCCUGGAUUCUUUUGAUUAUGUUUUGUGUGAUUGCGAUGGUGUUUUAUGGCAUGGUCCUAACCCUAUACCUGGCUCAAUUGAAACUGUUCAAGCUUUACACAAAAUGGGAAAACAUAUAAUCUACAUAACUAAUAACAGCACAAAAGCUAGAGAAGAAUAUUUAGAAAAGUGUGCUAAGUUUGGUCUUCCUGGAAAAGUUGAGGACAUUAUGUCUACAUCCUACUGUGUUGCUGCUUAUUUAAAAUCCAAGCAUUUCCAACGCAAAGUAUAUGUUUUAGGAAGCACUGGAAUUACUUUUGAAUUGCAGAAAGCCGGUAUAGAUCAUUUACCUGUAGGACCUGAUCCUGUUCCUGAAGAUUGGGUAAAAUGGAUCCCAGAGCUUAAGUUGGAUCCUGAAGUUGGAGCAGUAGUUGUUGGAUUUGAUCAUUAUAUAAGCUACCCAAAGCUAACAAAAGCUGCCAGUUAUUUGAGAGAUCCUGAAACAUUAUUUAUUGCGACUAAUAGAGAUGAACAGUUUCCUACUGAAAGAAAUCUAACAAUACCUGGUGCUGGGACAUUUGUUGCUGCAGUAGAAACUGUUAGUGGAAGAACUGCAGUUUCAUUGGGAAAACCUCACAAAUAUAUGUUUGAUUGCAUCAAAGAAAUGCAUCCUGACAUUGAUGUCAAUAAAUGUGUAAUGAUUGGUGACAGGUUGAAUACAGACAUAAUGUUUGGAACUAAACAUGGUAUUAAGACUUUGCUGGUCUUGACUGGAAUCAACAGUUUAGAAGAUGUACAUGAAUAUGAAAAAGGUAGUCAAGAGACAGAUCAAUUGCUUAUUCCAGAUUACUACCUAACAUGUCUGGGUGAUUUGCAGCAGUUUAUAAAAGUUUAGUAAAGUUUAAUUUUAAAAAAAAGAAAAGGAAUUAGAUUUGUGAUAAAAUGUAUUUAUUUACAGUAUUAUAUAGAAUAUUUUAAAAUUAUUUCAUUACAGUAACGAAUAGUUUAACUGAUUGCCUGUAAUAUGUUUGUUUUUAAAUAAAUAUACAAAAAUGUGAGUUAAUAAACA